AUGACCAGAAGCAAAAGAAGGAAGUUUGGUACAUCAGCGGCACCCCAAUCCACUUUCAAUAUGGAUUUCUUUAACAUCAGGGGACUUCACGAAAACAUCAAUGCGGUCCACCAACACCUUGAGACCGCCAAGCCGACCCUUUUAUUCCUUACGGAGACCCAGAUAUCCUCUCCGGCUGAUACUUCAUACCUACUAUACCUCGGGUAUAAACUCGAGCACAAAUUUGUACGUCGUGCCGGGGUAUGUUUGUAUGUCCCGGGGGAUAUCUGCUAUCGCCGCCUUCUUGGUCUAGAAGACAAAGACCUGUCUGUUCUAUGGGUACGUGUAGAUCAGGGUGACUACACCGGCAUCUAUGCGUGCUUGUACAGGUCUCAUAGCGGUGACGAGGAUACGACCCGACUCUUUGAGCACCUUCAAUUGACGUCUGAUAAAGUUCUUGAACAGCAUCCCUCCGCGAGGUUAGUUAUUCCUGGAGACUUCAAUGCCCAUCACACCGAGUGGCUCCGUUCUCGGCUCACCGACCACGCGGGGAGAACUGCUCACGAGUUUGCUCUGACAUAUGGAUUCUCUCAACUGAGCUCCCUACUUGACCUUCUGCUGGCUACACAUCCGGACGGAUAUUCAGUGACCGUGGAGGCACAACUUGGUUCUUCAGAUCACUGUCUUAUCCGAUCCCAGGUACCGUGCACAAGUCCUGCCGCAUCCCGACCUCCGUGUCAAUGUCGCAUGUGGCAUUACAAGUCAGCAGAUUGGGAUAGAUUGCGAGAAUUCUACGCAUCGUACCCAUGGAAGCAGUACUGCUUUGCAUCAGAAGACGUUGAUACCUGUACAGCCGCCGUCACUGAAGUCAUACUUGCGGGUAUGAAAUACUUUAUUCCAAACUUUCUUGUUGCUUCAGGAGCGAAAAAGCGACCGUGGUUUAAUAAGUCUUGCAGACAAGCGAGACAGGCUAAACAAACUGCUUUUCAGGCUUGGACCACGGCUCGUUCUAAUAAUGAUAUUGGCGUAUCUGAUGCGAGGCGGAAUUUAAAUGCUGCGUCUAGGUUUAGAAAGAGGGCAAUUGCUAGAGCCAAUAAUGAUUGA